GUCAGGCAUGCGCGUGAUGCAAAAGCAGGGGGGAAAAAGCCCCGAGAAACACACAGGCUUUAUGGGACAUUAAUGAAGUCACUUCGGGUUUUGACACGACUUUUGCUUUCAACCAGAUUCACCGCAACCAGGGUGCAUGUGUUUUUCCCCCACUUUCUCUUUCAGCGCUGGAGUUGGAGGCUACAGCCACAGCUGAAAACACGACGCACUCAUGAAGGAGGAUUUCGCUUCUAGACCUGAAAGAAGAAAAAAGUUUUCAGCAGUCUCGAAUCCAGAUCAGGGCACGAAUCUGGACUUUUCAGGGAUUUAAAGCCUUUGAGUAAACACGGGAUUCUGAAAAACUUUUACACCAGCUUUUUUGGAAAGUUUUUUGGUUUCUCAGCCAAGAAAAGAGUAAACGCAUUGUUUCCAGAGUCUGAGAAGUUGGAAUGGGACGGAACACAAAGUCUAGGAUGACAGUGGCUCUGUCCAUCUUCAAGAUGAGAUCAUGAUAGCUCAGCUGCGACAUCAUACAUUCAUCUAUGCAAUGUGUACCCCAUAGAGCACCACAGUGUAACGAGAGCAAAAUUAUCAUCAUUAUUGUGUUUGUAUGCUAUUGGGAUUACAAUAUUAGUAUGUAAAUCCAGCACAUAAACUAAACACAAACUUCAAAGCCUAUGCAAAGGACUGUGCAAGACUGUGGCCGUUCAGACACUGUUGAUGUACUAUAUAAAGGAUAGAUUUCCAGAUAAAACUCUAAGUAAAAAUUGGUCUUGUUGAGACACAGAUUCCAGACUAAUCACCUUUGGGGUUUACUCAGCAGUCAUCUCAGUGGUAGGAGGCAAGCCAAUGUCUGCCUGCAGUAGCACACCUCCUCCACCCUUGUCCAAAGCCUACCUCCAGUCCCAGCCUACACCCCCGACCCCAUCCCCGAGCCCCCCAGUGGCCCUGUUUGGCCGCCUGUCCAACGGCAGUCACAGCGCUCCAAGCCCUACACUCUCCAGAGGUUCUCUCCAUGGACUCUUUCUCCUUCAGAUUGGCCUCACCAGGGAGACAGUCAGCCUGGAGCCACAUGACCUGUCACUCAAUGCUGUGAAAGACCUGGUCUGUUCUAUUGUUGACCAAAAGUUCCCAGAAUGCGGAUUCUUUGGUAUGUAUGACAAGAUCCUGCUCUUCCGCCAUGACCUGAACACUGAUAACAUUCUGCAGAGACUCACUUCGGCAGAGGAUAUACAUGAGGGAGACCUGAUUGAGGUGGUACUCUCAGCUCAGGCUACAGUGGAAGACUUUCAGAUCCGGCCUCAUGCCCUCUAUGUGCACUCAUACAAAGCCCCUACCUUCUGUGACUACUGUGGGGAGAUGCUGUGGGGUCUUGUCCGGCAAGGCCUCAAAUGUGAAGGUUGUGGUCUGAAUUAUCACAAGCGAUGCGCCUUUAAGAUCCCAAACAACUGUAGCGGAGUCAGGAAGAGGCGCCUGUCCAAUGUUUCUCUGCCAGGUCCAUCACUGUCCGUCCCUCGGCCUCAACCAGCAGAAAGUGCGGUGGUGACCCUGGAGGAGCAACAGCGCCCUCAUCAGGAAGCAGGGAAGCGGAUCCCAUCCUGGAGUGGUCGGCCCAUCUGGAUGGAGAAAAUGGUGCUGGGGAGGGUGAAAGUGCCACACACUUUUGUUAUCCACACAUACACUCGCCCCACCAUCUGCCAGUACUGCAAACGCCUGCUCAAGGGCCUGUUCCGCCAGGGCAUGCAGUGCAAGGAUUGCAAAUUUAACUGCCACAAGCGAUGUGCAUCCAAGGUACCAAAAGACUGUCUUGGGGAAGUCGUCUUCAAUGGAGAGCCAGCCAGUCCAGCUCCGGAUUCAGACACCACUAUGGAGGUGGAUAUCAGUGAUGUCAACAGCGACAGCAGCAGAGGCCAGGACGACUCUGAAGAACCCUCUACACCAGAAGACAAGAUCUUUCGGGACUUUCCUUUCUCAGACCAGGAGAAAGAUGAGGAGCCUGUAAAAGCUCCUCAGAUCAGCCCAUCCACCAGCACUAAUAUCCCGUUGAUGCGCGUAGUUCAGUCGAUUAAACACACCAAGAGAAGAAGCUCCACUGUGGUCAGGGAGGGGUGGAUGGUGCACUAUACCAAUAAAGACAACCUUAGAAAGAGACACUAUUGGAGGCUGGACAGCAAAAGCUUGACUUUGUUUCAGAAUGACACAGGAGCCAAGUUCUACAAGGAGAUUCCUCUGUCUGAGAUCCUACAGGUGGAGGCUGCUAGGGAUUUCAGUAGUCUUGCCAUGGGUGGAAAUCCACACUGCUUUGAGAUUAUCACUGCUACUAUGGUCUAUUAUGUUGGGGAGAACACUGGUGGCUCUCAUCUUCAUAUGCACAACACCAUGCUGGCAGCCUCUGGUGUGGGGCUGGAGGUGGCGCAGGGCUGGGAGAUGGCCAUCCGUCAAGCCCUCAUGCCUGUUCCAGUUACACCUCAGCCAAGCGUGGGAGCUGGACAAGGGGGUCAGGGCAAAGACCACAAGGAACUGUCUAUGAGCAUUUCUGUAUCCAACAGUCAAAUCCAGGAGAACGUGGAUAUCAGCUCUGUUUACCAGAUCUUUGCCGAUGAGGUUUUGGGAUCAGGCCAGUUUGGCAUUGUAUAUGGAGGGAAGCACAGAAAGACGGGCAGAGAUGUAGCCAUAAAGGUGAUCGACAAAAUGAGGUUCCCUACAAAACAAGAAAGCCAGCUGAGGAAUGAAGUAGCUAUUUUACAGAACCUGCAGCAUCCUGGUAUUGUCAACUUGGAGUGCAUGUUUGAGACUCCUGAGCGAGUGUUUGUUGUCAUGGAGAAGCUGCACGGGGACAUGUUGGAGAUGAUCCUGUCCAGCGAGAAGAGCAGACUGCCGGAGCGCAUCACCAAGUUCCUUGUCACACAGAUUCUGGUGGCUUUGAGACAUCUCCAUUUUAAAAACAUUGUUCAUUGUGAUCUAAAGCCUGAGAAUGUGCUCCUAGCCUCUGCAGAGCCUUUUCCUCAGGUGAAACUGUGUGACUUUGGUUUUGCUCGCAUAAUUGGGGAAAAGUCGUUCCGACGCUCGGUGGUGGGAACUCCGGCGUACCUGGCCCCCGAAGUUCUCCGAAGUAAAGGUUAUAACCGCUCACUAGACAUGUGGUCAGUGGGGGUCAUCGUCUACGUCAGCCUGAGUGGUACCUUCCCCUUUAACGAGGAUGAAGAUAUUAAUGAUCAGAUACAGAACGCAGCCUUUAUGUAUCCACCUAUGCCUUGGAAGGAGAUCUCCACUGACGCCACAGAUCUUAUCAACAACCUUCUUCAAGUGAAGAUGAGGAAGCGGUACAGUGUGGACAAGUCUCUCAGUCAUCCCUGGCUCCAGGACUACCAGACGUGGCUAGACCUACGGGAGUUUGAGACCCGGCGAGGCGAGCGCUACAUUACCCACGAGAGCGAUGAUGCACGCUGGGAGGAGUUUGCUGAUGAGCACAGUCUGAUCUACCCUAAACACUUCAUCAUGGCUCCAAACCUAGACGAUAUGGAUGAAGACCCCUAGAUACAUUCUGGACUGAUUCUGUGAAAGAGGACACUGUCAGACUCUCACUAGAAGGCGCUAGCCCCUCAAGGACCUGUAGCUAAAGUGAAUACAGCACUCUGCUGAGGCAGAAGCAGGAUAUUCUGGGAUAAGUGAAGGGGCUCAGUGAUGCAAAAGCACCCAGCGGUGUGGGGCCUUGUUUUUUCUUGGUUUUACCAUCAAGACCUGUUUUUAUGAAGAUUUUUUUCUUCAAAUCCUUGUAGAAACCCUAAAUGUCAGUAUUUUGUGGUUUGUGGUUUAUUCUGCACUCUACCUGUGCUCCAUCUAAAGGUGCAGAUCUAUUUAUCUUAUUUACAGAUUUAGUGUUAACAAUUUUACAAGAAUUUGAAGAAAGGUUAAAAAGGGCUUUGGUGAGGUUACAUAUAAAGGAGAGUGAAGAAUGGUGCUAUAAAGAAUUUUGACUUUUUGAGGGCUAUGUUCAGAAAGACUGUUAACACAAAACGCCUUUUAUUCUAUAACUGGAACAUGUUAGGAUGUGUUAUGAAAAAGCCAUACAUUAUAAAAAAAGAAAAGAAAUAGAUCUUAGAAUGUUUGUGGAAAAAAAAUUUUUGGAGAAAUACGCAGAGAAGGCUAUAAAAAGAGGUUUUUUUAAAGUAUAGAAAAUGUUUAAAAUCUCGGUUAUGGCCUCUAAAAUACAUUUUUAUCGGGUAUUUGAACUAAUCUGAAAGAUGAUUAUAGACAAAUAUUCUUCAUAAUUCAAAACAAGCACCGAUAUUGUAUGCCUUUUUUUUCACUUAUAGUUUUUUUCCUUCCAUCUGUAGAGUAAGUGCUCUUCAGGUAGUCAAGCCUUGAAAGACUUGAAAUAGCACUACAACACGCUACACAUCGGUUAAAUUAAAUUCCACUAUUAACACUAGAGAUUGUGUUUUAAGAGAAGCAUUGUAUUUCUUUAUCAUGUGGCCUGUACACCGAAAGAACCAACUUGUAACAUCAUAGUGGUAUUCACAAUAUAUUCCAGAAUCGGAGUAUAAUGAUUUCAACCAUUUCAGUUAUAAAUACUGAAUUGCAUUCAGUAGCAAGCUAUUUUCACUCAGAUAAGUACGAUAUUAGCACAUAAGUACAAACUCACCUUUUUGGGCACUAUAUGGGAUGGAACAUAUGCAGUAUGUUGGGCAGAUAAGAUUUGCCUAUAAAUGUUCAAAUUCAAUUAUUUAUUGAUUACAAUUGGGUAUACAGUUCACAUUCUGUUCUCAAGGUUUGCCAUAGCACAAAAUAAGGAGCCAUUUUGAGCAGAUCGGUUUGACUGCUUUUAAAGUUUGCAUGAGUUUCCAUCACCUUGUCUGGGAGAGGAGGGGAUGUUUACUCCUCUGGAUCCAUAUAAUCAUUAAUUCAUGUUGCCACUGGAUUGGCAGGUGUGAGUGUUUUGUAUAUUUUAGUACAUAAAGAAUUAAAUGCACUACUUUA